GAAAAAUAUAGAAGGAGAAAAAGGGGCCUCACUCUUUGCAUGCCAAUAAUAACAUCUUGAGAAGAAGAAGAAGAAGAAGAGAAGGAAGAGUUUGUUGGAUUUUCCGUGGCGUGGUCCCCGUGGUGAAGAAUGGGUUUCAGAUCCCUCUUUUGCCGGAAGAGGAAAAUGCUCAAGACGACGUCGUCGUCCUCUGCGUCGACCUCUUCCACCUCCGCGCUGCCCACGGCGAUCCCAGGCAGCGGCCGCGGCCGCGUGGCGGAGGAGCUGGAGUACGUGUUCAAGAAGUUCGACGUGAACGGCGACGGCAAGAUCUCGUCCUCGGAGCUGGGGUCCAUGAUGAGGAGCCUGGGGCAGGCGGCGACGGAGGAGGAGCUCUCGAAGAUGAUCGGAGAGGUUGACGCGGACGGCGACGGCCACAUCAGCCUGGAGGAGUUCAUCGAGCUGAACACGAAGGGCGUUGACCCCGACGAGGUCCUCGAGAAUCUCAGGGACGCCUUCUCCAUCUUCGACAUCGACGGCAACGGCUCCAUCACCGUCGAGGAGCUCCACAUGGUCAUGGCCAGCCUCGGCGACCAAUGCUCCGUCGACGACUGCCGCAAGAUGAUCGCCGGCGUCGACGCCGACGGCGACGGCACCAUUGAUUUCGACGAGUUCAAGAUCAUGAUGACGGCUUCCGCUUCCGCUUCCGGGGAGUUCCAGAUUAACGCCGAUAACAAAAAGCGUCAAUAAUUAAUUAAUUAAUCAAUUGAUUAUUCUUUUUUUUUUUUCUUUUGUUUUCUUUUGUUUUGUUUUGUU